GUAAAAUAUAUUGUUUGUAUAUAAAAGAAAAAGUUUAAAACCAAAAAUAAUAAAAAAAUACCCAAAAAGUGCCGUAAGAACUCGCUGCAAAGCUAAAAAUACGCGCGUUAGCUUAAGUUUUUGCCUCCAAGCGGCUCUAAUCUGAUCUGUAGUAAACAAAAUUUGGUGUAUUUGUCGCCUUAUCAGCGGUAUAUUUUCCAUUUCGGAGAGAAAAAAGCAGCUGGAACCAGUAAACUAAAGAUUAACGUGAUUCUUCGACUUGUCUUCGAGUGCGCGCCAUCAUUUGACAACAGUUUGUGUUGAGUAAAAGCGAGAGUGAGACGUGUCCGUCAAUUUGCAACGUUAUUUCGUGUUAGAAGAAGAGUUUUAAAAGUUUUUCAGUGAAUCCGCGUCAUGUUGAAGCGUUGUGCCACACGCGUCACGUGCCAAUUGAAGCACACACAGCACUGUCGUUACAGCAGCAGCGCCAGCAAUGUCGAGAGCGAAUCGAAAGCGCGUCUAGGCAUUAUUGGUGUGCCCUUCUCGAAGGGUCAGGGUAAGGGUGGUGUAGAGAAAGCGCCUGCGUUGCUGCGCGAGCAUGGUCUAGUGCCGUUGCUCGAACAAGUGUCCUGCGGCCAACUGGAGGUGCACGACUAUGGCGAUCUGCAAUUCGAUGUGGAUCCCAUACCGACGGAGGCGCCGGAAUAUAGUAAAAUCAAAAAUUAUGGCGAAUUUAUGGGCUGCAACAGAGCGCUGAUACGCAAAGUGCAGCAACUGUUACAGGAGAACGAUCAGUUCCUAACGAUCGGCGGUGAUCAUGCAAUUGGUUUUGGCUCCGUUGCUGGACAUUUGCAACACACACCCAAUCUUUCGCUGGUUUGGGUGGACGCACACGCUGAUAUCAAUCUGCACAACACCUCGGAAUCUGGUAACAUACAUGGCAUGCCCGUUUCCUUUCUGCUCAAGGAAUUGCGCGUCUUCUGGCAGCAUGCGAAGCUCGAACAAACGGCACCGGUGUGCUUGGCCGCCGAUCAGCUCGUUUAUAUUGGCUUGAGGGACAUUGACCCGUACGAAGCGUAUAUACUGAAUAAAUUGGGCAUACGAGCGUUUGCAAUGGAUUCUGUGGACAAGUAUGGCAUCUCUAAAAUCAUCGAGCGUACACUGGACUCACUGAAGCCGCAAAAUAAGAUACAUGUCAGCUUCGAUAUUGAUGCCUUGGACAAAACCGUAGCGCCCAGUACUGGUACCGCCGUCUGUGCCGGCCUCACAUUACGCGAGGGUAUCUCGGUGGUAGAGGCAUUACGUGACACGAAUCGUGUGCAAGGCAUCGAUUUGGUGGAAUUGAAUCCCAGCUUGGGCAAUGAACAAGAUGUGAACACGACAGUUGCAUCGAGUUUGGAACUCUUGAAAAGCAUAUGCGGUUACAAGCGUAGCGGUAAUUUCGCCAAUAUCAAGAUGGAUCUAUUCGAGACGUUGAAGAAUUAAUAUACUCACACAAAUGUUACUAUAUAAAUGCAUAUAUAUGCAUACAUUCAUUCAAAGGUUUUAUAAUUAAGCAAUAGUAAGAAAUUCAAGUGUCUUAUGACAUACAUACACAUGUAAGUAUGUACGUGUUUGUUUAAAAUUGUAUAUUUAUUAGCUGUGAGCAACAUUGGAAUGCUAAAUAAAGAAUAGUAGCUGAUUCUUACACCGAACUAUGCAUAAUAUA